ACACACAAAGAUACAGUCUAAAUUAAGAACUGCAAAUAAUAUUUAUUUGUUCUUACAUAAGAUGACAGUUUUUUUUCAAUUAAAACUAAACAAUAUGUUCUUUCUUGCUUUUACGUUUUUAUCGUACAUUUUACUAAUUUGCGAGGACGUAGAGCUUUUCCAAUUAUCAUCUCACAUCCUAAAGGUCUGCUCUGCUAAAAAAAACAUGUUUUGUACUUCCUUGAUGCAACGCCCACCCGUGUUAAUCUUGGUGACUUCCGCAGAGGUCCGGAGCAGAGAGGUCUGCAUUUCUAUUGGUUUGCAGUUUAUUUGUUUGUUUUUGUAGUGUAAUUGGACAAAAGAGAUUGCUUUGUUUUAAAUCGUUACAUUGGAGAAUAUAUUUUCCAAAUUGUCCAUAUUUACAUGAACUCUAAAAGCAAAGCGUACUUUUGAAUCAAUCAGAAUAAAUACAUUUCUGCUAGUCUUGGAUAACACAUAUUAAAAAAGGGGGUUUGUAAAGCAAGUAACAAAAUAUUCCACAUCAAGAAAAGAAAAAAAAGUGCUUGUUUCACUGCAGUUCUAACUCUUCUUUUCCACAGCAAUUCUUUCUGCAAUCCUAUCCCAUGAUAACAGACAAGACCAAUUUUUGGGAAGUCAUUACCGACUCUGAAAGCAGUCAGAUUUGCGACCUGAUUCUAUAUAUUAAUGUUAAAAAGCAAAUUUCACUGAAAACAGUGGGAUUUCCUGAGCACACCUAAGAAUUGGAGCCCUGGACGUGUUAAAAUUCCUUUUAUCAUAGUCUUCGUUUUGCAACAUAAUAAACACCUUUUUCCUGGCAUGGAACCUCUGAUCCCUUUAAGCUGUGCAAGAUCUCCCGUGAGCCAUGCGUUCCCCCGCAUGAGGAGCCGGCCUCUAAACCGAGGGAGUGAGAAAUUGGCUGGUGCUGCAGGCAGCAGCCUUUAAACACCGGGAGCUUCAGUCUCGUAGGAGUGGCAGAGAAGCUUGGCAGAUUUCUCCAGGCGCCUAAGCCCGACACAUAAGUGCAAAGACCCCAGACUCAUAUAGUCCUGAAACCCUCGUGCUCCUUGGCAAAAUGAAGUAGUGGGGUCUUUUUUCCUUUUGGUUUUUCAGCAUCGGAUCAGUAAGAGAAGCGGAAGGGUGUACAUUUAAUGACUCAAAUCAGAUGAUUGCUCAUCAGUGGUCCUAAUUAAUGACUUGGUGUAUGCAUUCUCUCUCUCUCUCUCUCUCUUUGUCUUCCUCCCUGCCUUUUGUUCCCUUAAAUGAUUGCUUCCUUGCAGAAUUGCCAGAGCUCAAAGCGGAGAGGUUGUUCCCCACCUUUGUAUUAUGCUUCAUUUAUUCAGACAGUCUGUUCCUUUCCCCAGUCAAGCCCUCUCUCUCUCUCUCUCUCUCUCCAUCGAGUGGGUGCAGGAUUUUCAGAGCAAACGUGGCAGAAUGUUAGAAACGCCGCAGUGCUCAAAAUGUGGUGAUGUUAACGAGGGGAAAUCGUUUCAGUUGGAAUACAUAUGACCGAUAAUUGAUGGCUAGGGAAAGAGCUUCUAAUUUAUUUGUGCACAUUCACAAGCUGCUCUCAUUUUACAGCCUCUGUUCAGCUGUGGAGGUCACGUCUGGGCCGGGUGAUGUACUCCACGGCAAACUGCCUGCUAAUGAUGAAGGACUAUGUGCUAGCGGUGGAGACGUAUCACACCGUCAUGAAAUACCACCCAGAGCAGGAGCCUCAGCUGUUGAGUGGGAUUGGAAGGAUUUUCCUGCAGAGCAUUUCUCCAUCUUGGUCAGAAUCGCUUUUCAGACGCUUACAUAUAUUUCACAGAAAUUUUGAAGAUUGAUCCAUCGAAUUCUGUGGCUAACAACAAUGCUGCUGUUUGUCGUCUUUACCUGGGAAGGCUGAAGGAUUCCCUCCAUCAGCUGGAAGGGAUGGUUCAGCAGGAUCCUAAACACUACCUCCACGAGAGCGUUCUCUUCAAUUUGACAACCAUGUACGAACUUGAGUCUUCUCGCAGCAUGCAAAAGAAACAGGCUCUCCUUGAAGCUGUAGCUGUCAAAGAGGGUGACAGCUUCAACACGCAAUGCCUCAAGUUAGGAUAAGCCCAUCCAUUUCUCUUUUUUCUUUUUGCAAAAGCUCAUUUAAGAAGCUCUACAUACCUCGGCUAAUCUGUAAAUGUUCCUCCAGCAAGUGCAAUAAAAAAAGCGCUUUAAUUAUGAAAAUAUGGUAAAAUUAUGAAUACAUGGUAGAAAUUGUUGUAACGUAGGAAUGUAUACAUUGGUCUCUAUAUCACCCAUAGGAUUUCGUGUUAAUCUACCGUCAAAUUCAUCCCUGAUGUUAACUGCCAGUUUACAGUGUAUAUCAUCAAAAUUAUUCCGAUGGGCUUUUUUUUCCUGUUAACAGUGACCUAUAUAAGCUAAUUUGUCCCAAUGACUUUUGUUCUAGACAUUCAGGAUGUAGUGAUUGUGUGUAUGGAAUUGGAGGACAGUGGGAUGGGUGAUGGAUGGAAAAGGUUUUAAUAAAGUAGGAAAUUAUAAAGACAG